AUGCUUUGGGUUGUAGGAUUCUUAUGGAUUCUUGAGGUGGGCAUAUUCACACAGUCCAAAACAACCAUGAAUCCAGGGCGGACUGAACUUUUGGUUGAUGCAGACGCUCACAGUAUUCAAGAUAUUCAACAAGCCAUCCAUAUUUUGGCAGAGCGAGGGCGGGUUCAUACCACGGUCUUCGGCCCGCCGGGGAGAGAAGCCAGCAAGAAGUGGGGUCGCUUGAUCAAUGAGGCUGAUGUGAAAUUCCAGCCAGUUUGUCGUCUCACUGAUCCUUCGCUGGAACCCAACGAUGCGGCCAUCGCAUCUGUGAUGCAGGGACUCUCCACUUGCCCAGGUGUUGACCUGAUCGCAGUGUUGACAUCAGAUUGUGAUUGUAACAGGACCAUACUUGAACUCAAGGGCCUGGAGGGCACAAAGCCCAGCUUUGUGGUUCUGGUCCCUGAGUACAAACCGUUCGUGGCCGCUUGCGAUAUCAGGAGAGUGGGCUGGAAGUGUUGA